AAAAUUACUGCCCACGUGCAGUGACCGUGGACCCGGGGCGUUGCGGGAGGAGUAUAAAAGCGGGUCCUUCUCGUCACUCUCUCAUCCACUCCUCUUGCCUCCAGCUCCUGGGAAUCCAGGUGCAGCUCCAGCCACAAGACAUGUCCUGCUACAACCCGUGCCUGCCCUGCCAGCCCUGCGGCCCGACCCCGCUGGCCAACAGCUGCAAUGAGCCCUGUGUCAGGCAGUGCCAGGACUCUCACGUUUACAUCCAGCCCUCGCCCGUGGUGGUGACCCUGCCCGGCCCCAUCCUCAGCUCCUUCCCGCAGAACACUGCCGUGGGAUCCUCCACCUCCGCUGCCGUUGGCAGCAUCCUCAGCUCUCAGGGAGUGCCCAUCAGCUCCGGGGGCUUUGGUCUCUCUGGCUUGGGCAGCGGCAUCUGCGGCACGAGGAGGUGUUUCCCCUGCUAAAGCUGCUGUUGAUGGCCCUGGGGAAACCCCCCUGGGACUCACAGAUGGCACCAGACUGGGGACAGAGCAUACGCUUGUUGCUUCCAGAUGGGCUGAGCAACACCAACACCCCUUGCAAAAGGACGGGGCCAGCCUUGGCUUUCAGAAAGCAUGGCCCAU